AUGGAGAACCUGCGGAGGGAGCUUGCUCCGCCCCGCGGUUCGCGCGCGGACAGAGUGUUCCCGGCUCCUAUGUGGGCGUCUGAUGAGACAGAGGACCUGAUCUGGGAGAAACCAGCUUCUCUAGGGUUGCUCGUCACUCCGACCCGAAGCUUUUGGCUGAUUCCUACUGAGAAGAACAAUGAUUACGAGGAGUGUUCUCCAGAGAUCAUGGAAGAAGAAUGAAAAAUAUUACUUAAAAUCCUCCAACAAGAUCUUGAUUGUAUCUUAGAUACAUUAACAUUUUGAAGGCUAAUUUCUGAGACUAUUACAGAUCCCCUGAAGAAAAGUCUGAAGCUGUUCAUUUUGGUACAUAAGGGAGAAGUGAGCUGUCAGCUUUUUCUCAACUGUUUAUUAAGUACUUUUUCAGAAUCAGCUACCAUUUGGGGCUUAAAUCAUGAAAUUUUAAAACAUAAGAAGAUAGAAUCACCUCAAUCUAGGGGGGGAAGAUAUUUUUAAAUUUUUCCUGGAGACAAACAGUCUGAGAAUCCUGAGAUCACCAUGUCCUUCAAAGAGAAAGAACACUUGGAUUUGGAAACCUCUGAGUCGUUCACAGACAAGAAAACUGCUUGUCCAAGGGUCUCUGCUUGGUCCUCAAAGGAAAACAACCCACCAAAGUCCACAGCACCACAAUUGGUUGAGAAUGUUGAAUAUGAAUUUCUAGCAACUAGAAAUACUGAGUAUUUACAGGAUGGAUGGAGAUAUGAAGAGCCAGAUGAUUCUUUAUACUUAGGAGAAGAGGACUAUCUAGAAUCUUUUGGAUACUCUGAAGAUGCAGAAACCACCGUGGAAGAGGAGGCUUAUGAUGACACAGAGUGCCUUGUCUAUUAUGGGGAAGAGGACUCUAUGUAUUCGGAAAACGGAGAGUUCUCUGAUGAACAACAUUCUGAAGAUUCAGAAACUGGCGUGUUAUUAGAGAAGGAAGAGGAGAAAAGUGCGGAAGAAAGAAAAAAGGUGUUUGAAGAUGUCCUGGCCUGUUUGAACCUGGAUCGGAGCAGAAAACUUCUGCCGGAUUUCGUUAAACAAUUUUCCUUAGACCGAGGAUGUGGGUGGGUACCUAAGACUAUGGGUGACUUAGCCUGGAAUUUCCUGAUGAAAGUUCAAGCACUGGAUAUGACAGCCAGAGAUUCAAUCCUUAGACACAAGAUUCUGGGUAAUGAGAGCGAAGAGGAAUUUCUAACUGGAAUAGAGAAUUUGGAAAUCAGAGAAACAGAAACCAUUAAUCCCCUUGAUGUCCUGUGUGCCUCUAUGCUGUGUUCAGACAGCUCUUUGCAACGCGAAGUCAUGUCAAACAUGUAUCAAUGCCAGUUUGCUCUUCCCCUGCUACUGCCAGAUGCAGAAAACAACAAGAGCAUUUUAAUGCUGGGUGCCAUGAAGGACAUUGUGAAGGAGCAGUCAACACAGCCUUCAGGAGGUCCUACAGAGGGUACGGAAAAGCUUCUGACUCUCAUGAAGAUGCUCAUCUCUUUUGUGCGUCUGGGAUACUGUAGCUUCUCCAAGUCCAGAAUCCUCAACACACUGCUCAGCCCUGCCCACCUGAAAUCACACAAAGUCUUUCUCCAUCAGGAUUUGCCUGUUCUAGUGCUUCCCCGGCAGAUCUCUGAUGGUCUGGUUGAAAUAACCUGGUGUUUUCCUGAUAGCGAUGGUCUAAAGGAAAACUCCAGUUUUUUCCAGAAGCCUGUUGCUGUGGCCAACCUUCGCGGAGAUCUAAAAAGUUUUUGGACACAGUUUGGUUUCUUGAUGGAAGUUUCCUCAGCUGUGUUUUUUUUCACUGACAGCCUAGGUGAGAAGGAAUGGAAUCUACUGAUGUUUUUAGGAGAAGCUGCCAUUGAAAGAUGCUACUUUGUCCUCAGUCCCCAGGCCAAGGAGAGUGAAGAGGCUCAGAUUUUCCAGAGGAUCCUGAACUUGAAACCAACACAGCUGCUGUUUUGGGAGGAGGAGGAAGCUGAAGAGAAGGGGAGGAACAUGGAGGGCCUUCAAGCUGCCCUCCAGGAAGUGAUGGCUGCUUCACUCAGGUGUGUGUCUGUAGAGGACAUGGCCUCCCUGGCCAGGGAGUUGGGGAUCCAGGUAGACCAAGACUUUGAAAAUAUUCAGGGGAUUCAAAUUUCCCCUAGUGAAGACUUAGCUGGAAUAGCUGAAGAUGAAGGACAACAAAGAUACAGUCAGCCAAAAAGCUCAUCUGAAAGCCCUGCUGAGACAUCCAGAAGAGAGCCUGGGGCUGGAGGUGAGAUCAACCAGAAUCUUCAGAAUUUCCACACCCCCCCAGUAUUCAUGUUUCAUCCAAAAAACCCCUGUCCUUUACCAACCAGAACUGGAGGUCACUUUAACCCUGUUUCUUUGAAAGCCCCCUGGGUCAUGGGUUCCCACUUUUGGACAGAGCAGAGGCCUCAGUGGUUCUAUCUUCCCUUUCAGAAUACAAGGGCCUGUAGUCCAGGUAAAAAUUUGGGGAUUCAAUACUUCCAACCCCAGAGACUUUAUUCAGGUGAAAGGUUUAUGAAAUUUUCAAGAAAACUUCGGGGAUGUCAUGCAGGUAGAACUUUUGGGAGGCCACCAAGACCCAGGUGUGCACAGGCCUGGCCUGAGAGACCACAGGUCAAAUAUUCCACAUAUAAACCAUCCCAACCUGUGUUCUCUCAACCCAAGCACACUCAGACAAAACCCGCCCAGUCCCAGUCCACUCCAGCUCAAUGUUCUCUAUCCAAACCUACUCAGCCCAAGCUGUACAAGCCCCAGUCCCACCAACCUAAGCCUUUCAGCUCCAGUCUUCCCAAGCUAAGACUUCUCAGCCCCAGUCCUCCCAACAUAAGCCUUCUCAACCGAGCCCUCCCAAGCUAAGCCCUCCUCAUCCAAACCCACUCAGCCCAAGCUGUACAGGCCCCAGUCCCACCAACCUAAGCCUUCUCAGCCCCAGUCCUCCCAAGCUAAGCCCUCUCCAUCCAAACCUACUCAGCCCAAUUCAUUCAAGCCCCAGUCCUCCCAGUCAAAGCCUUCUCAGCCCCUUUCUCCCAAGCUAAGCCCUCUCCAUCCAAACCCACUCAGCCCAAGCCAUAUAAGCCCCAGUCCUCCCAAGCUAAGCCUUCUCAGCCCAGAUGUACUCAACCCAAGUCAUCUCAGACCAGUCCUUCACAGGCUAAGGCAUAUUCCCCAAGAGCAGGGCCCAAGAGUGUAGGGAAGCAUUAAAGUUCUUAUUCUAGAGACCUAUGAAAUGUAUCCUUUGCCCAGGCCUUUCCUACAUAUAACAACCUGAAGAAGAGUGACAGAGAGAGUAAGGUAUUGUUAGCAUGACACAGAAAACAAGAUAUGCACAGCCAUAUCUGCAAGAAUUAUGUCCCUAAAAAAUACAAAAAGAAUAAAGAAUAGACUCAAGCAGUAAGUAAAUGAAUUGAAUCAAACCUUGAGCAUCGGGUGGUAUAUAACCUGACUCCAGGGAAUGGGGGCUGUAAGGUGAUUUCACUUGGAGAAGAGUGAGGAUGAAGCCUCUAAUGGCAAAGUGACCAUAAAACAGGGUACAUGUUGCCUCAGUUUUGCAGGAAAAGUUGCCCUAGAUGUUGGCUGCUCUAGAGGUGUCUUGGUCAAAAAUUUUUUGUUCAAUAUCAGAUGCUAAGCAGAUAAUCCUGUUUGUUUGGAAUGUUUAAAUCAACUUGCUUGUGAUAGUAGCCCCAAAUUGCUUGGAUGAUAAAACUCAUUUGACCCUUACAUAUAGAAAUAAUGAAUUAACAACCAAUAAAAUUAUUUUGCAUUAACUUCA